AUGGCCGCCCAACACCCGAACGCGGGACACCCAGGGCAAGCUAUGGUACAGCAAAUGCACCCCGGAGUAUCGGGUCCAGGAGGGCCUCAAGUGAGCCAGGCAGGUCCGAUGAUGGGUGGAAUGCCUCCAGGUGCCGGAACUGCUGGCCCCGGUGGACCCAUGCCAAAUGCGCAUGCUCUUUCCCAUCUGAAUCCCACACAGGCGCACAUGUUCCAGCAGCAAGGCUUUCCACAAAACUCGCAGCCUCCGAACAUGCAUGAACCUCAGGGAGCCACCCCUCAAUCCCAACACGGUCCGCCCCAGCAAAGCGGGACUCCUCAGCCAAAUCAGAGUAAUCAGCCGCCAUCGAGUCAGUCUCAACCGCCCCAAGGCGGGCCACAGCAAGCCCAGGCUACUCCUAAUCCACAGCCGCAGCAGUUGCCGCAGACCUCGCAACCAGGACCCCAGCCAGGUCAUCCGGGGCAGCAUGGUCAGCUCCAACAUGGCAUUCCUGGCCAGCAAGGCCCACAGCCGGGCCAGCAGAUGACCGCCCAAGAGGCGCAGUUGAAAGUACAGCAACAACAGAAUGCUGCCUUGAUGAUGCAGCAAAGGAUGAAUCGCCAGGGCGCAAGCAUCCUCAAUUUACACGCCUAUGCUGAGCAUCUGAGUGGUUUCCAGAGCCGUGGCGAGGCACAUGAUCUGCUGUAUUGGCAGUCGUUCGUUGACAAGUUCUUCGCACCGGGAGGUGUCCUCCGUCAAGGUGUCUGGAACCCUCAAAGUGGGUCCAAACAAUUCGAGAUCUCAACGCCAGCACUUGCGCGUUACUACAUGACUCAAUACACAAGCGGCAUCAGUCAAAUUCAAAUGGUAGUGGAGGGUGCCAGAGAACGGGACAUGGCUCAAGGUGGGCACAUGGUAGAGAGCGCCCGGACUUCAUUCAUCUACUGGUUUACAAACGAUUGCCAGCUUUUCACCCGCGGCCAACUCCGCGCUCACUUCGAUGUGGCGAACAAGAUUGAGAUGCUGGACAUCACGGUCACAAAUCAUAACGAAUUUAUCCCUCGGAGCAUGCUUCUUUCCUUGGAACAGUCAGAGCAAAAGCAAAGUCCGAAAGUUUCUAAAAAUACAGCCAAGCGAGCCCAGAAGCAGCCAACACAACCGCCAUUGCCGGAAUCCAUGAUCACGCCCAAUGGUGUACCGACUUCUGUCAUGGGCUUCUUGGAAGUCGCUGAGACUAUCUCGCAGAUGCAGCUACUUUUCCAGUAUUCGCAUCAACACCCACAGUUUUCCCCUCCGGAGGCUCUUCAUAACUUGGUGGCGACGCUCCCACCUCAGAAUCCCAACAAUGGCUUUGCGACCCCCAUGAAUCCAGGGAUGCAGCAGAUUCCUAAUGCUAGGAAUCCCAGUAUGGGUGGUCCCACGCAAUUUGCCUCCCCUGCCAUGGCGCAUCUUGGGUUACCGGGAUCGCAGGGCUCUCCUCACCUCAGCGCCUCCGGGCAUGGAAGUCCCGCUCAGAGCCAUCUCGCUGGCCCCCCUGGCAUGCAAGGUGCUGUCCAGCCAUCUCCAGCCGCAAUCACUAAUAGUCCCAAUAUUGGUGGCAACAAACGGCGGCGUGCAAGCACCGUCAAGGUGGAGUCUGAGGAUGCUGGGCCUGGGGGCGAUUCCAACGGUGCAGCCCCCCGAACACCGGCAAAGUCAAGGCCAGUCCUCGGCUAUGUCUAA